UCCGACAUGCUACAAUUAGCUCGGUUGUAGCAAGUUAGCCGACUUUAGCUAAAGCUCGUUCGAAAGCUUCUACUGUGCAUAACGCAACUUUCAUCCAUGUUUAGCAGAAACGAGGUCUCCAGAAAGGACAAUCCGAGCUCCACACAGGUAAAAAGAGGGCCUACCAAGUUUGCUUCAAGUAUCAAAAACUGGUGGAAUAGCCACAAGGAACACACGCAGAAUGUACCUGAGGAGGAUACGCAAAAGAAGACGCGGUUGGCCAAAAGCCUGAAUCAGUCCCUGGGCACGACGCAGAUGGUCCUGAACUUUGAUGGCAGCAGACCUAUUUUUAGUUUGAAGGCUCCAGCGGAAGUGGUGAUCAUCCCUUCUAUAUCGCGCCCCUUUUGGCCCGCUGAGUGUACGGUGGUCAGCGAUGCCAUCAAGCACAUAGAAUGGGAACCUGAAAGACCCGAACCGUUCUACAAGCCGACUGGGUUCGAAUGUGAACACAUUAACUUCAGAUCUGUGAUGAGGAGGAUGGUCUACUGCAUAGAAGAAGGCUGCAAGCAACCCAACUUCACAAAUGCCCAAGUGGUCGUGAUAAAGCCCACCGAAUGCACCCCUCCGCCCAUCUUCUCGCCUGCAUUCCCCACCCUGGAGUUUGAAUCACGAUUCGAAAGUGGUAACCUGCAGAAGGCAGUGCAAGUGGGUCCGUAUCACUACGAGCUCACGCUGCGCACCGACAUGUACACGGAAAAACACACGCAGUGGUUUUAUUUCCGGGUCAGGAACAUGAGGAUUGACGUGAACUAUCGCUUCACCAUUGUCAACUUCACCAAACCACACAGUUUGUACCAGCAAGGCUUGAAGCCGCUCAUCUACUCCGAGACUGCAGCCAAAGAGAAAGGGAUCGGAUGGACUCGCACUGGACACAACAUUCACUACUACUGCAACCUGCUGGAUGAUUUAUUUGAAGACAAGAACAACCCGACCCACUACUCCCUCACCUGGACCCUCCAGUUUCCCUACGACCGGGACACGUGCUACAUGGCCCAGUGUUACCCGUACACCUACUCCAAACUUCAGGACUAUCUGAGGCAGAUUUCCUCGAACCCAGAAAUAGCGACUUACUGUAAGCUGCGGAUGUUGUGCUACAGCCUGGCGGGGAACCCUGUCUACAUUCUCACCAUCACCUCCCCGGUGACCACCGUGCUGGAGGUCCAGAAGAAGAAAGCCGUGGUGGUGACGGCCCGAGUCCACCCGGGGGAAACCAACGGCUCGUGGAUGAUGGAGGGCUUUCUGAAAUUCCUGCUCGGGUCGUCGAAGAAGGCGAAACAGCUGCGAGACACUUUUGUUUUUAAGGUGAUACCCAUGCUGAACCCAGAUGGUGUCAUCGUCGGUAACAGUCGCUGCUCUCUGUCGGGUUAUGACCUCAACAGAUUCUACAAGUCCAUGCGCUCCAACGUCUUUCCCUGUGUCUUCUACACUCGAGAAAUGGUGGAGAAGUUGAUGGUGAACCAAGAGGUGGUGCUAUACUGUGACUUUCACGGCCACAGUCGAAAGAAGAACGUCUUCAUGUACGGCUGUUCGGACAGUCGAAGUUCAACGCACAAGUUUCAUGAGAAAGUCUUCCCGCUGAUGAUGAGCAAGAACACCGGCGGCAAGUUCUGCUUCCCGAGCUGCAACUGGAAGGUGGAUAAGGAAAAAGAAGGAACCGGCCGGGUCACCAUGUGGAGGCUCGGCAUCAAGAACAGCUUCACCAUGGAGGCCAGCAUCGCAGGAACUACCAUGGGCGACGGCGUGGGCACACAUUUCACCACCAGAGAUUUGGAGACUCUGGGUUUCUACUUUUGUCUCACACUGCUGGACUACUACGAUGCUGAUCCGACCGAGAGAAACCGCUGCCUGGAAGAGCUGGGGGCUUCUAUAUUCGGCAAGAGAUUUGGCAAAGAGUUUAGCUCCAAAUGUAGAUUAUUGGAUUUUGAUACCAGCACCAGUGGUUCUAUCAGCUGCGAUUCUGGCAGAUUGUCACUGAAUGAGAAGAAACAAUUUGGGUCUCUGGAUAUGAAGAAGGAGAUGAAGACAGUGAGAUCCAGGGAAGCACUUCGAGCGAAGAGUGUCAAUUAUAAGAGGAGGUUCCCUGUGUAGCCCAGGUAGAGUCGGAUCGCCUCGAUCAGAGUCAUGAGGAUGAGAAUCGUGACCAGGAUGAAUUUGUAGUAGUCGGGCAGGGCAGGAUACUGGAAUGCAGUAAAGAAACUCUCUAAAGCUUGUGGUCCUCAAAGCAUAUUUUUUUCUUUGCAAAUGACCUCUAGUUUGUGGCGAUACACUGUGCUCAUUUAAACCUAUUAUUUUGAUCUAAAAUUCUAAGUAUUUUUGGAAGUAUUUUUUUCAGAGCAGAGUGUGUGUGGCAAUGUUGUUUACCUUCAGGUGCAGCAUCACGGUUUCACUGAUCCACCACCAGGGGAAGAACCACAUGUUAAAGAACAGAGACAUCUGGAGAGGAAGGCUGGACAGGACGCGCUUGUCUGAAAAAUGCAACAACACUAAAUAGAGCAAUGUGUCAUAUGUGAGGGAAAUGAGCUGAAAGCGAAAGUGCAUCAGUGUGAAUAGCGGCGGAUGCUAACUACGCUAGCAAGACGUUACCGCGGGGUAAAAUCGCGUCGUGGUCUUUUGAUGGAGGUUGACUCCGGCUCGGCUCGAAUAAAACGUUUCGGGAAAAAUCAUCUAAGCGUUUCCUGAGGGUCUCGGGGAGGUCCAUGAUGUUGAAGUCCGCCGUGGCGGCAGGAGAGAGCGGCUCCCCUUCGGACCGUUUCCUUGACAACCAUGAAGUCGUACUUCUUCUUCUCAUGACGAACUUUUUCACAAAAAAGUACACACUGCCCCCUACAGGUGUGUUUGACUAUAUGAAAACGUAUUUUAUUUCCAUACAUGGUUGUUAAAAUUCAACCGAUUAUUAUCGCACCACAGUAACAACUCGAAAUGUUCAUACAGACCAUGAAAAUACUUGAGCAACAGUACUUAAUUUAGCGUUUACAAAAUUGUCUCUACAAACUUUGCUUUCAGUGAUUGUAACAGAUCUGCACUGACAAUAAACAUGUCUGGCAUGUACUUUUUUUUCUCUCUA